GCAAAAUGCACUUUUCCAACUGAGCCUGGUGUUCCUCUACUGUUUACACAACUAUGGUUGGCCAUCUGUCACCAUAUGCUAUUUCAUAGCUACAGUAUCACCAGUUUCUUUCCGUUACCCCAAAUCUUUUCUGGCACAAAUCACACAGCACUUCAGCGAUACUCUUCUUUUGUUCCAGAAAAGGCUAACAAGAGGCGAGGCCAACGAUGACACAGCGGACUUUGCUAACCAGAGGUGCGCUCCUGUCACAGCAGAUUACUUUGGGUAGUUCCAUUUAUACCGCUGUAACUGCUUCCCCGUGGAAACGCUUCCAUCGAGCCAUGUCCUCUACCAGCAUUCCGCCCCCGGCAUGCCUGCUCCAGCCGUUCGAGGCUCCCUACCGGCACAUGUUUGGACCGGGACCGUCCGACGUCCCUCCUCGCGUGCUAGCAGCUGGAGGAAGACCAAUUAUAGGUCACAUGCACAAAGAAAUGUUCGAGAUUAUGGAUCACAUUAAGAAGGGAAUCCAGUAUGCAUUCCAGACGCAGAACAACAUGACUAUUGCCAUGAGCGGUUCAGGUCACACCGCCAUGGAAUGUGCCAUUUUCAACAGUGUGGAGCCUGGGGAGAGUGUCCUUAUGGCAGUCAAUGGAAUAUGGGGGGAACGGGCCGCUGAAAUCGCUGAGAGGAUUGGUGCUAAAGUGAACACCAUAAUCACAGCUCCUGGUAGUUCUUUCACCAAUGAAGAAAUUGAAGAGGCUCUGGCCAAACACAAGCCUGUUCUCUUCUUCCUCACGCACGGAGAGUCAUCCUCAGGGGUUGCGCAUCCCAUCGAUGGCAUUGGGGACCUGUGUCUCAGGCACAACUGUUUGUUCUUAGUAGAUGCCGUGGCAUCGCUGGGUGGUUCACCACUAUAUAUGGACAAACAAGGCAUUGACAUCCUAUACUCAGGCUCCCAGAAGGUCCUGAAUUCUCCUCCUGGGACCGCACCCAUCUCCUUCAGUGAGCGUGCAUGUAAAAAGAUAUUCAACAGGAAAACAAAGCCCGUGUCCUACCUCCUGGACCUGACCUGGCUGGCUAACUACUGGGGAUGCGAUGGCAAGCCAGCUAGAAUGUACCACCACACAGGGCCUGUAUCCGGAUUCUUCACUCUGAGGGAGAGUCUAGCCAUACUUGUAGAGACGGGACUGGAAAACUCAUGGCAACGGCACAAGGAUGUGGCAGAGCACUUCCACAAGGGCCUGGAGGACCUGGGGCUCAAGCUGUUUGUAGAGGACAAGAACGUGAGGCUGCCGACAGUCACCACCAUUGUGGUUCCCGCAGGAUAUGACUGGAAGGAGAUUGUUGCCUAUGUCAUGAAACACCACCAGAUAGAAAUUUCUGGAGGCCUGGGGCCCUCUGCUGGCAAGGUCUUACGUGUGGGGCUGAUGGGAUGCAACAGCAGCAUAGCCAAUGCGGACAUGGUGCUGGCUGCCCUGGGAGAUGCACUGAAAUGCUGCCACAGGAGCAAGGUCUAGAGAGGCUCUCUGGGAUUGAAGUUUCUGUCAUUCCUUGCAUAAAUGGAUAUAAGUGCCUGGGACAUGCAACUUGCACAAAGGAUAUAAGUUACUCAGCAUAAAAAUAUACAUAUUGAAAAAAGGUUUGUUGUCUGCAAGUCUCUUGGGUGCCAAACAGUUUUAAGAACCAAAAGACACAAAGUCCUUCAUCAGAGCAGUGAACAGGCAGAUAAAGCACCUGAGAAACACCCUGGUAAAGCAUCCUUGAACAAUCUAAGGGUGAUCAGAAGCACAUUUGAGGCAAAUGGGAGCAAAAACAGAGAGCUUUGACUAAAUCAUAAAUAGCCAAUUUCAUUUAUCAAUUUCAAGUCUGUAAACACCAUGCGAUUAAUUAAGUGUGUGUCUAGUAUCUCAAGUGGUCCUACAUGCUUCUCAAGUAUCAUAAUGUUGUAUUGCUCAACUUUGUACUUUGAGACUUCACCAUAUGUAGUACAUUCAGAAAACAUGAUGUAACAUACUGAUGGCAAGGCAAAAAGUUUAUCAUGCGUGUCCACAAUCACAGAUUGUCACACAUAAUUAUUCAGAUUAAUGUUAUGAAGGUUGGCUCAUAAUUUAAGGCCAGUGAUGUCAGUAUAUGAAAAUGAGUGAACUAAUGUGCCUCAUUUAUUAACAACAGUUUACAAUACCACCUUCCCUCUCUAAAAGCCAUACCCUCUGUAUACCCACAGUGGUAGCCACCCCUGUUAUUGGAGAUCUACCAUACUGUAGGUUUUAAUUUCAUUUUCAUUAAUUUGGCACAGCUGACUCUGCUAAUGAGUAGCUCAAUGAAAUCUCUAGUUGUUGAAUGAGUUGUGCUCUGUUAGCAUUGAAGUGAAAACCUGCAGGAUGGUAGAUCUCCAGGAACAGGGUUGGUUACCACCGAUGUAAAUGAUGAGGGGAAGAGCCAUACCCUGCUUCAGUAUGGUGUUUAACAAUAGAGUAGUCUACAUGUUAUUUCUAAUUGCGUGUUUUGCUACACAAAUCAUAAGUGCUUGUUUAGUUUCUGAUGUUAGACAUGUGCAGGUAGUCAGCA